UUGUAUUUGUGUGAACGGCCACGCGACCCCGUUCAUUUCGCUUCUGUUAUUCUCUCUUAUGCUCAACGAUCUCCCUUCGCCUUUAUUCUGCAGUUUUCAUCAAGCCAAUCGCCUGAUCUUCAUGAAUUCAAGAAGCUCUGUUGUAUCAUCUGUUUCCUGCCAACUGGGAAACAAGAUUCUUAUCUGGAUUUUGUGCUGCUUUUUCCCUCAAUUUCUUGGAAGCCCUAUUGUUUUCUUGAGUUUCCUGCUGUUCAAGACUACUGUCAGGUUCUCAUAAACCUCAGGCCUGCUUUAGCCUUGGAAAUUAUGGUCUCGUCUCAAUUUUCAAAAUUGAACGGGACCAACUUGCUAAAAUCUUUCCAAAACCAUGUUCUUCUUUCUGCUGAAGCCCCUGAUGUUACACUUGAGCACGUCGACUUGGAUUUCUCAGACUUGUUUGGUCCUUUGCCGACUUUACCUCAGAUAUCUGAAGAUUCCACGGAUCUCGUUUCGUUUAAUGCUGCACAUGAUUUGAUUUAUGACGUGCCAGCUGUAAUAUACACACGUUCACACUCAUAUGUCGGUCCUUCGAGUGUGAACCAAUUGGCCAAGCUUACACUGCGUGAGAAAGAAGAUUUAACCCAAGACAAUGUUUCUGAAUAUUUGUCUGAGAAAAAAAUUAUUUCGGAUAAAUAUAAUAUUAAGGUCGAGGAUGGCUUGGAGAAGACAAUUGGGCUUGAGGAUUUUGAGUUUUUAAAGCUUGUGGGGCAAGGUGCAUUUGGUAAAGUAUACCAAGUGAGAAAAUCUGGUUCAUCUGAGAUAUUCGCAAUGAAGGUUAUGAGGAAAGAUAAAAUUAUGGAGAAAAAUCAUGCAGAGUACAUGAAGGCAGAGAGGGAUAUAUUGACGAAGAUCGACCAUCCUUUCAUUGUGCAGCUUAGAUACUCUUUUCAGACAAAAUAUAGAUUGUACCUCGUGCUUGAUUUUGUUAAUGGUGGUCAUCUUUUUUUUCAACUGUAUCAUCAAGGCCUGUUCAGAGAGGAGUUGGCUCGCAUAUAUGCUGCUGAGAUUGUUUCUGCUGCAAUGCUAACGGAUUUUGGUCUUGCAAAGCAAUUUGAUGAGGAAACUAAGUCCAACUCAAUGUGUGGAACUCUUGAGUACAUGGCUCCUGAAAUUAUUCUUGGAAAAGGCCACGACAAGGCAGCUGAUUGGUGGAGUGUGGGGAUUCUCUUAUACGAGAUGUUGACAGGAAAGCCUCCAUUUGUUGGGGGAAAUCGUCAGAAAAUCCAGCAGAAGAUACUCAAGGACAAAAUCAAGCUGCCAACAUUUCUGUCUAGUGAUGCCCAUUCUCUGAUUAAAGGGCUUCUCCAAAAGGAGGCAAACAAACGCCUCGGAAGUGGUCCAAGAGGAUCUGAGGAAUUAAAGGGCCACAAGUGGUUCAAGUCGGUCAACUGGAAGAAACUCGAGGCCCGUGAAAUUUUCCCGAGCUUCCUUCCUCAAGUAGCUGGCCAGCUGUGUGUGGCCAACUUUGACGAGCGGUGGACUAAAACGCCAUUGCUCGACUCGCCAGCCUGUAGCCCAGAUGGUGAUAACCUCUUUAAAGGGUUCAGUUAUGUUAGACCCAUUUCCCGGUUUCUGCAGUAAAGUGUCCCGAUUUGGUAGAGACUACUACAUUGCAGGUUAUGUUAGACCCAUUUCCCGGUUUUU